AGGUUUCACUUUAAAAACCAAGGAUAUAUGAUACUCCAAAUAUUGCCCCUUGUGUCGGCACUGUCCGCUGGAGGAUCACCAUAUCAUUUUAAGGUAACAAAACAAGUUUACCCAUGUAUGAGGACGCUGUUGAACUCACUCAUUGAGAGCUCCUCUUGCGCGUUUUACAAGGUUUUAACAACCCAUUGUUGCGCUAUCAAAUUGGGGACUCUCGUCGAUGUUUACACUGCCAACAAAAUCAUAAACUUAUAUACAAGAUGCAAAGAGUUACAUAUUGCUCGCAAACUGUUCGCCGAAAUUCCCCACAGAGACUCCGUUUCUUGGAACACGAUGAUCUCUGGGUAUGUAAAUUGUGGGAACUUAGAGACGGCAUGCGAGAUUCUGAAAAACAUGAAAAGAUGUGGUUUUGGUUUUGAUGCCUAUACCUUUGGGAGUUUACUUAAGGGUGUGGCUUCCUCUUAUAGACUUCAAGUUGGCCAACAGCUGCAUUCAAUGAUUGUCAAGAUGGGUUAUGAGGAAAAUGUAUAUCCAGGGAGUGCUCUUUUGGAUAUGUACGCCAAGUGUGAGAAGGUUGAAGAUGCUUACAUGGUAUUUGAAUGCUUAUCAGAACCUAAUUCCGUCUCAUGGAAUGCUUUGAUUGCUGGCUUUUCACAAGUGGGUGAUCGUAGCACUGCAUUUUGGCUUCUAGGUUGUAUGGAGAAGGAAGGCGUGAGGGUUGAGGAUGGCACGUUUGCUCCGCUUCUUAUAUUGCUUAAUGAUAUUGAGUUUUAUAAGCUGACAACUCAAAUUCACGGCAAGAUUAUAAAAAAUGGGCUGGCAUUUGAUAAUACCGUGUGCAAUGCGAUGAUAACUUCAUAUUCAGAGUGUGGCUCAAUCGAAGAUGCCAGAAAAGUGUUUGAUGGUGCAGUUGGCAUGCGUGAUUUGGUAACGUGGAAUUCCAUGCUAGCUGCUUACUUGGUUCAUGAGAAAGAAGAACUCGGCUUUAAACUUUUUCUGGAUAUGCAAGGGUUGGGGUUUGAACCAGACAUCUAUACUUACACUAGUGUCCUUAGUGCUUGUUUUGAAAAAGAACACAAAAGUCAUGGAAAAUCCUUGCAUGCUGUACUUAUUAAGAGGGGAUGGGAAUACUACGUGCCUAUCUCCAAUGCACUGAUAGCAAUGUAUCUCAAGUCAAAUAAUAAUUCUAUGGAAGAAGCUUUAAAUUUAUUUCAGUCCAUGGAAUUGAAGGACCGUGUCUCUUGGAACUCCAUUUUGACUGGUUUUUCCCAGAUUGGAUUGAGUGAAGAUGCCUUGAAAUUGUUUGGGCAAAUGAGAUUUUCGAUGGUGGAGAUUGACCACUAUGCCUUUUCUGCUGUCCUUAGAUCUUGCGCAGAUUUAGCAACACUUCAAUUAGGUCGGCAGGUUCAUGUCUUGGCUUUCAAAUCAGGCUUUGAGACAAAUGAAUUUGUGGCAAGUGCAUUGAUUUUUAUGUACUCCAAGGGCGGGAUAAUUGAUGAUGCUCGAAAAUCCUUUGAAGAGACUCCCAAAGACAGCUCAAUUGCUUGGAAUUCAAUAAUUUUUGGCUAUGCACAAAAUGGCCAGGGCAUUAUUGCCCUUGACCUAUUCUACCUGAUGAGAGACAGAAGGGUGAGGCUUGAUCAUAUAACAUUUGUUGCAGUUCUAACUGCAUGUAGUCAUAUUGGUCAUGUGGAAGGAGGAUUGAAUUUUCUGAAAUCUAUGGAAUCUGAUUAUGGGAUUCCGCCACGUAUGGAGCAUUAUGCUUGUGCAGUUGAUCUAGUUGGGCGGGCUGGGCGAUUAGAUGAGGCAAAGACCGUAAUUGAAUCAAUGCCAUUUAAACCUGACACAAUGGUGUGGAAGACUUUGUUGGGUGCUUGUAGGGUUUGUGGUGACAUUGAAUUAGCUACUCAGGUAGCAAGCCAUCUGCUAGAACUAGAGCCUGAAGAGCAUUGCACUUAUGUUCUACUCUCUCAAAUGUAUGGACAUCUGAGAAGAUGGGAUGAAAAAGCUAGCCUAACAAGGUUGAUGCGGGAGAGGGGAGUUAAAAAGAUUCCUGGUUGGAGUUGGAUAGAGAUUAAGAAUAAGGUUCAUGCUUUCAAUGCUGAAGAUCAGUCACAUCCUCAUUGUAAAGAGAUAUAUCAAAUGCUAGGGGAAUUGAUGGAGGAAAUGACAUGGUUAGAUACUAAUCUGGGUUUAGAUGCUUUGACAUCUGAUGAGUCAUUGGAUGCUGUGAUAUAAAGCUGCUGAGUGCAGGGAGUUUCUUAAGGAUGCACAAACAAUGAAGAGACGAUGCCUUCCAAAAGAUGUCAAAUCUCUUGCUUAUUCAUCUUUAAGUCAAAUUAAUUGGCUACAAGUUAUGGCUAUUCAUGGCAAGAAAAUUUUGGUGAUGUACAGCUGCUAUAAUCCAAGCAGUUCUUGUAGUUCAUAUAUGAGAUUUCGCUCCUCACCAUUUUUUACUCGUUAAUAUUUUUCCAUUCGGGCCAUCUUAGACAUCGACUUCAUGUACUCAAAAAGCUGUGAUAAAGUUUUCUAUAUGACAACUCUGAUGGUGAAGAGGAAGUGCUGAUGAAUCUGCAAUGGAAGGAACUCCGGGUGUUGCAUGAGUCUCUUGGCCUGUUUUCAUGUCGUUCUUUGUUCUGCAAUUGAGGACCAACUGCAUUCUUUCCCUUUUAGUUCUUGAAAUAGGCAUGAAGAUCAACCUACUGGGGUGAGCACUUAUAUUUCUUUGGAGAGGCCUACGUUUUUGCUAGCUUUUUUAAUGUGCAUCAUUCUUGUAUUUCAUUAGCCAGUGUCAUUAAGAUCCCCCCCAAGAAAGAAUGAAGGAAGAAUAUUUGUAGUUUCAGCUUAGUUAUUGCUAAAAAUACCGGCAUAGCAAAGGGAAAUUGUUAUUAAGAUCUAUUGCAAUUCGCACGUUUGGAGCUAUUCCACUUUGAGAAAAGGACUAUCAAUUGAAGUCUUAAAGCUUGAGAAGAAUGACUACAUUCUUCUCUUUGCUUAGGUUUCAAACGGCCAAAGACACUUGAUCAUGAGUUCUUGUGGCAGUCAAGGCCGCUGUCUUUCUUGCCUAUGAAGGAGAAGAGAUGAGAAAAUACUUGAAAAAAAUGUAGGGUAACAAGUAUUAACCGAGCAAAGUGUCCCAAAGUUACUAGAAAAUAGCUAAUGCUAAGUUCUUCAAAUUGUUCUUCACUCGCGAUUUCUUUCUACAAGAUAGUCCAGGUCAGUCAUAGUCAGAUAUAAAACAGUCCUACAUGCCAAUUGGCUUUGGCUUCUUGGAAUCCAUUUCCAUUCAAAAGAUUGAUAGCAGAUUCUGGCCUCAAUUUUUCACAAUUGUUAAUGCCACCGAUGGGCAAACAAAUCUUCAAUGCAUCUGUAGUAUGAAUGGAUUCUGCCUCUGGUUUCACUACAAGUAGAAAAGACAAAUAAGGGUAUUUUCAAAUGGGCAAUGUAAUUGGCUACAUAAAAGGAGGAUCUUGUUGUGUGAACUUGAGGAAAUAUUUAACAGUUUAUCACCCACUUUAGAGGAUUCUAUGAUGGAUUAUCAAGGAAAAAGAAAUUUGAAUACUAGAAGCUCCCAUGUUGGAAAUGUGCCUCAACCACUAGCUAAUGGUUUUGUCUUAAGUUUGAAAGAUAAGGAGAAAAUGUAUGCUCUUUUUGUUAUUAGCCUAUUAUCAGACUUCUAUUCAAUUUUCAUUCCUAUUAUUAUAGUUGGAAUUUGGGAUAUAGGGAGUAUGUGAGUGGAAGUAUACAGUCGGCACUAAACUCAGGUUUUUUUUUUUUUUUUUUCACUAUAAGCAUUGCCAAAUCAGAGCAUUACAUUUACUCACUUUCUUUUCUUUGCAUUAUUUGAUUGGUUGUUGCAAAGAGCUUGCAAAACAGUAACUGCUGAUGAUGAAUUGAAACCACACCAACUCCUUUUCUUUCCCAUUUUUUUUUCUUGUUUCUUAAUCAAGUGUGAAAUUAGAAAAAGAAAAUGGGUCAGGACAAAAGGAAACAUGGACCCAAAGAAAAAUAUGAAAAGUUGAAAAUUUAUAUCAUGAUAAGUCGUUAACCCAUCAAUCUCCCUCUUGUGGAACAGAAAGAUUCCAGCUUUCAUCCACCACCCACUAAAAUAAUAUUUGGUUCGCAAACAGCCAAACAGGAUGCCUUAGCACAGACUCUUAACUUUAUUAGUGCCCACCACCACUUAUUGUAUAGGCCUGUAGAAAACUAGUUUCCAAACACAAUUGAGAACAAGCGAGACCAAUUGUUCAAUGUUCAUGUCAAAGUGAGACCCUAGUGGUUCAUGUCUUUGUAGGCGCUGACAAAUAUGUGCAGAAACUUUGAAGAUUCAAGGAAUUUCCGAGCAUCUUCAAGUGGAGUAAUGGGUCCCAAAAUUGACGCCAAUUUUGACAAAAAU